AUGGAAAAGGGCAAAGGCAAAGACCCCACGGAAAGGGUGACCGCUGCGUUUUGCAAUCUGGAAUUGGACAAUAAUUCUCACAAUUCAAAAUCGACCCGAAAUCCAUUAGGGUUUGCUUUUCAAUCUGAUUAUUUUACCUCAAACAGGGGAAAUUCGGCGCCCUGCUUGUUGAGCUUGUGUUUGGGGGUUGUGGGUAGCAAUCUGGAGGACAUUGUAGAUGAUUUGGCUGAGGUUUCCUACAGUUUCCCCUCGGAUAUUAAGAUGGUAUUGCUGGCAGUUGCCAGAAGAAGAAAGCUGCUGAACGAUGGCAUUAUCAUAGCCUUGGGUGAUAGCUCAUUCCAAAUACUAGAUAUAUCUGGUUCCGAUGUUUCAGAUUCUGGGCUUUGUCAUAUUGUGGAUAUUUGCCAAAACCUAAAAGCAGUGGAUAUAAGCCAGUGCACAAGACUUACGUCAACAGGGAUUUCUAAGCUUCUUCAACGCUGCCGUUCACUUGAGAUAUUGAGAUGGGGAGGUUGCCCUAGGAGCAGCUACACUGCCCGCAGAUGCUUGAGCCUCUUAAAGCCUGACCUCAAUGAUGUGGAAGGUGAAUCAUGGGAGGAGCUCGAUGAAGUGGAUUUCACGCACGGUGCUCAUUCUCUGCGCUGGGUCGUCUGGCCAAAUAUCGACAAGGAUUCACUGGAGACGCUGACCAUUGAAUGCCCGCGAAUAGUAGUCAACCCAAAGCCAUCCCUAUUGGGUUUCAAGGGCACCGAAGUUCCUCGAGAAGCAUUUUCUCAAUUUGCAUUGGAUGACUCGGUUGUUAAGGACAUUGAUCCAAAAACAUGGGCAGUGUCUGGGUUUAAUAACGCCAGGACAGCUCAUCUACGAGCCGCAAGUCCUGAUGAAUUAUCUGUGGCUGAAAAGUUCAGGUUAGCGUUUUUAGAUAGAGAUACUCGUUUAGCACCCAAGAGAGCAAAGAACGCGAGGCAACAUCAAAGGCGUGCAGAGAGGGAAUGGGUAAGAACAGAUGCAAGAGCGAAAGCAUUAGCGCUUGCUUCAAAAGCUACGAGGUCUGUUAACCUUAGGAAUGUUUGA